AUGUAUUUAAAAUACGGGCUGUUAUUACUAUACAUAGCAAAUAUAAAAGCAAGAAUAUUAUGGGAUGAUGUAGAAGAAUUACAAGGCAAUUCUGUUGGCUUAUAUAAAGAUAAGAGAAUAAUGGUAUCACCAGACGGAUCAUUAGAUAUAACAAAAGCAUAUAUAAAUAAUAAGCUAGGACUGAUGCAUAACUUAAGAAUGUUUAAUCAUAGACUAGAUAUGAAGUAUAUAAUAGAACUUACAACUGAUGAAUUAGACAAUACUAAGUAUACGUAUAAUGAAUUAUCUAACAAUAGCGUACACCAUUUGGAUAUAAAUGGUAGUGUGGCAUCAGACAUAUCUAAAGAGUAUAAUAAUUGUUUAUGUAAUAUGUUUCUUAUGCUAGAUGGGAGAGUUCUAAUUCAGACAAAAGAAAAAAGUUCAUUUUUUACUUUUCUUAAUGACAUCCCAGUGAACAAGGACAGGCUUAGACUACUUGCUUCUUUAUUUUUACUUUCUGAAGGAAUAGAUCUUUCCCUAGAAAUAAAUUUAAAUGGAGUAGAGAAGAAUUCGGUUAUUCUUACAAAGCACAAUAAUAGAGAUGAGAAGUACUUUAACAUUGACUUGAAAAUGAAAAGUAAAAUGGAUCAUACGACUGAAACUGCCAUAUGCUUACCAUAUGAUAAUGAAUACUAUGCAGUACAUAAGAGUAUAAUUGAGUUUUACAUAAAAAUCAAAGAUAUUAUAAUAGACAAGCAUAAUAAUAAUAAUACUAUAAAUAAUGCCAGGCUACUUAUACAGUCGUAUAUAUUUGAGUAUAUAUGCAGUAAAGAAGACAUGAAAAAUUAUCAUAUAGAAGUAUUUGGUAUACUAACAGAUCAUAUUAAAGCAGUAGAAGAGAACCAGUCUAAGAAUACACAAGAAUACGUUAUGAAUGUUUUUAACAAUAUUUUCUGUCCUAUUCCCAUGGAUCCAACGUCUUUAAAGAACCAAAAUAUGAAGAUGGAAGUAAUAAGGAGAGUCCAGAGUAUUAUAAGUGGCCACAUAUUUAUUCCAUUUCAUGAAAACAUAAACAUUCCAAAUAUUAUACACCAUUAUAACAACAAUGGUCUUGAAACUGAAUUAUGUUUAGCCGGCCAGACACCUAAUACUCAUAUAAAUUUAAACAAGAAUGAGUCACAUAAGGAUUUUUCGCAUACUGAUGUGAAGAAUAAUAUCCCAAUAAAAUUUAUUCCAGGUACAGAACUCACUAUACUUUCAUUACUUUGCUGUUGUUUCUAUAAUCCUGCUGAAAUAGAAUAUACUCUUGAAACAGUUAAUAAACCACCCGAGAAAUUAAAACAGUUCUUUACUAAGUAUAAAGACUUAUUUGAUAUAAACGAUUUGAGUGCCUGUUAUGAUUGGUAUAAUACAAUUAAUGCUCUGACUAAUGACACAUCAAAAACAUCUUUUAGUGACUAUUAUUAUAAUGGUGGAUUAUUAAGUAUGCUUUAUACUAUGAUAGACAUAACCAACGGAAGUCAAAGUGACAAAAAUGAAAUAAUUGAAAUAACAAAGAAAAUAAAAAGUAUAGGAAAUAGAAGAAAUCAAAACUCUAUGUCCAGAGUAAAGACAACAAGUCGUAUAAUAGCCAUCAUUGAGAAUACAAUGAAUUCACUUUCAUUUAAUAAAAAAGUGAUUUUAGUGAAACCGGGCCUUAGAAUAGAUAAUUUGAAAAAUAGAGAGCCUGAUCUAUUUGGUGAAUUAAUUCUAUCAAUAUGUAAUGAUUCUUUAAAUGAAAGGACAUUAACUAUAGAUUUUACUUUUGUUGGAGUAACUGUUGUAUAUGAUAGUAUAAACAGAGCUAUAAUGAAUGAUAAUAGGAAUAUAUUACUGCAUAUAAGUUAUUUAUAUAGAAGCGAUAUAACCAUAGCAAAUUAUGCAAAUUAUGCAGACAAGUUAUUACUAAAAACAGAUGGUAAGUAUGUAAUACAGUACCUUACUGACUAUUUUAAACCAUUAGUGUUUAAUAAUAGUAUAAAACCACACGAAUUAUUUUCAUGUGGAAGGAUUCAGUGCGUAUCAGAUAAAAAAGCACUACUAAAUUGUAUUUUAAUACAAACCAUGAGUUCUAACUGUAGUACACUACAAUCCAACUAUCUUCUACGCAUUGCUACUAAUAUUAUAGCAAGUAUUACAAAAUAUGAAAAGGAUAUAAUAUAUGAAUUUAUUUGUAUUAUUAUAUACAGUGGGUAUGGUAAAAGAUUCAGUAAUAAUAUAAAAAUAGAUAAGCAAGUUUAUUCAAAAAUAUUAUCAUGCACGGAUGAAUUAGUAGGAAUAUAUGGCCUAUUAAUAGAAGUAUUCCCAGCAGAUAUUGUUAGCAAAUUGACUAGAAGAUAUAUUAAGAAUGGAUUGAAAAGUGAAAUUAGUAAUUUAGAUAUUAUAAUAUAUAAAUAUAAUCAGAUAAACCCAGGAUAUCUCAUUUGGUAUUUAACUAAUGAUAGUAGCAUAGAUAAUAUAUUAACUAUUAUGAAUGCCAUAAAAAUAAAAAAAGGUAACAAAAUAUGGGCAACUCAUAUUAAGUAUAAGCUCUGGUUAAUUUGGAUUAAUUUUGCAGCACAGAAUAAAUUACUGCGUAUUACUAAAUUAUGCUUUAAUCAACUGCUUGCUUUUAAUCCAAGACCAUCUGAUAUAGAAAAUGAAGACACUGGAUACCUUAAUGACUUUAACAGUGUUAUGUGCAUUAAUAGUUAUCCAUUUACAUCAUAUAAUGAAAUUGAAGAAGUACUAGCUUGGCUGAAGAUGAACCAAUUUGAAUUAUGCCCAGAUUAUUCUUCUGAAGAAAUCAAAAGUGCUUAUACUAGAAUGAUUAGAACCUAUGAAGGUAUAAAAGAUAUUUAUACUAAUAAUUAA